AUGAGUUUGUCACACACUCGCAGUUUAUUGAAGCACUCGAGCAAAAUUUUGCAACUGAGUAAUGGCCCGAUUUCCAAUAGUAUUCGUGGAUUGACUAUACCAAUUGUAGUAGAACAAACCGGUCGUGGUGAACGUUCUUAUGAUAUAUUUUCUAGACUUCUCAAGGAACGUAUAAUUUGCGUUAUGGGAGAGAUCAAUGAUCAUGUCGCCUCAUUGGUAAUAGCUCAGUUAUUGUUUUUACAAUUUGAAAAUCAAAAAGCCACAAUCAAUAUGUAUAUUAACAGCCCCGGUGGUAGUGUUACAGCUGGCCUAGGCAUUUAUGACACUAUGAUGUAUAUUAAGCCAGAUGUUUCAACUUGGUGCAUAGGACAAGCUAGUAGUAUGGGCAGUGUUUUACUAGCCGCAGGGGCAAAGGGUAAAAGGCAUGCAUUGCCUCAUUCAAGGAUCAUGAUUCACCAGCCAUCUGGCGGAAUGCAGGGAAAAGCAUCAGAUAUGAAAAUUGUAACUGAUGAAAUUUUAAGACUUAAAUCAUCGUUAAUAGACAUUUAUGGUAAAUACACAGGAAUGCCUGCAGAUAAAAUUGAUGCUAGUAUGGAAUCUUAUCAUUUCAUGAGUGCGGACGAAUCUGUUACUUUUGGAUUGAUUGACAAAGUUGAAGAACCAUCAAUAAAUUGA